UUAAAUAGUCGUGGGUGAGAAUGGUUUCAGAGAAUUAGAUCUGUGGCCACGACAAAGACCUGCGAGGAUAUAAGGGCCACAAACUGGACUUGGACGUACUGGACUACAGCUCGCCAAGGCCGGACUUUGUGCGUAAAGGCGCACCUGGAUAGCACGCUCCUUGCUCGGAGUCAAGGACUCUAAAAAAAACCCUGCGCGGACAGAAAAGAUUCAACAUGAACUCCUUGAAUUUCUGCGGGACGUCCAGAGGUGGUGUGUAUCCCCUCCACGGUGUUAACUCCAUGCUGUUCGACCUGCACCACCAGAUGGCGGAGCAGUACCACGUUUACUCAGCGGCGAGCCCCACAGUGCACACCCUGUCUGUGGCUGAGAGACUGGCAGAACUUAUACUGGAGGCCCGGUAUGGCAACCAGCAGAAGCAGCGCCGCAGCCGUACAGCAUUCACAGUGUCACAGCUGCAGGCUCUGGAGAAAGCCUUCCAGCAGACACAGUAUCCAGAUGUCAACAUGAGAGAGAGGCUGGCUGUUUGCAUCAACCUGCCCGAGGCUCGCAUACAGGUGUGGUUCAAGAAUAGGAGGGCAAAGUUUCGUAAAGGUCAGAGGUGCUCCCCGCUCUCCAGAGACCACAGUCUGGAGGAGGUGCCACAUCACAGCAAGGCAGGAGAAGAGGAAGUCAGUGCUGAAGACAAACAAGACAUCACCACAUUACAUACUGACAGCAGCAUCCUGCCUCACCGCUGUCCUCCUCCUCCUCCUCCUCCUCCUCCUCAUGUGGAUAAAACUACCAACCAACCUCUCACUCCUUCAGACUCUGAUGCUCCACAGUGUCCUCUCAGACUUCACUCUCCUCCACUUUUCCCCUUCAUGACACGGGAGAGCUACAUCCACCCACCUCACCAGCCGCUUGUAGGAGUGCUGUCCACUGAUCUCACCCUUCCUCCGGUGUUCUGGCCCAUCAUACAGCAGCACAGCUCCGCCCUGGGGUUCCAUCCAUCGUCAGUUACUAAAAACUGUAGCCUUUCCCUUCAGACUGCUUGUUCCAGUAAAGCUGUGCCUCACCCUCACCUGGGGCUGUAACUAUAGAACUCAACACCUACAGCCCGAGAUCUCGGCUCCUUGUGGACUCAGGUACACCUGAAGAAACCCUGUGUGUGAACAGACAGGGUUUAACAAGGUAGAGAAGCACUUACUGCCUUGUUCCUGUAAACCCGACUGCAGACAGUGCACAGAAUAUGAUUUUUUUUUAUUAAGUGAGCUUAAUUGAAUCCCUGUCUGUCUAAAGGGAUGUUAAUGUGCAGUCAUACACUGUCAGAGGGUUUUUAAAGUAGAUCAAGUCUUAUUUGGGUCUGCUUUAAUUAAUCUCUGCAGGCUUUAGUUUGUCGGAGAAGUUUGUUGUUUCAUCUAUCGCUUCCAGACAACAAACAUCACAAAUACAACUUAUUUAAAUAUAUUGUUGUCUACUUUAGCACUAUUUAGCUACACUGCCAAGUAACUACACAGUGAUGAUGGUGGUAAAAGCAUGUGAAUGAUGUUCCUUAUUGUAACUAGGCACUACAACAUCGAAAUGUGAAAUAAAAUUAUUUGUA